AGAUCAUGCCGGACCACGUAGGCUUCCCUCUGCGAGAAGAACACGGGGGCGCCACGUACUUCAUGAUGGAGAUGCAUUACGAUAAUCCCAACUUCCGCCAAGGCAUCGUGGACAGCUCCGGCCUCCGCCUGUUCCUGACGGAGACCCUGAGGGAACACGACGCCGGGUUCCUCGUCCUGGGCCACGCGGUCGAACCCACGCACAUCAUUCCGCCGGAGAGGCAGUGGAAGAGCGUCAGCCACUGCGACGGCGGAUGCAUAACUCAGAGUGUUCCAGCGGAGGGGAUUCACGUGUUCCAGGGCCUGCUGCACACUCACCUCCUGGGCAACGACAUCACAGUCAGGCAGAUCAGGAAUGGUCGAGAGCUUCCUGUUGUGUUCCAAGACAUGAACUACGACUUCAAUUACCAGCAAGCGAGAGUCCUGUCUGAAGAUAUGACCAUCUUGCCCGGAGAUUCCUUCCUCACCGAGUGCGGCUACGAUUCCAGGGGCAAGAAAGCGUCGACCUUCGUGAGGCUUUGAGCAUUCUUUUAUUAA